CCCUUCUUCUUUUCUCUCUCUUAAAAAACGAUCCAUUUUUACAAAGGUAAGAAAAUUAGGAGGAAAAACCCAUCAAAUUCAUAAAGUUUGAUUGAAUUUCUCUCUCCUAUGAAUCCUAUCUCAGGUGGUUCUUCCCCCUUUGUAAUCUUACAAUCGUAAUAGUCAACCUAGAAAUUAGGCAUUUUUUUUUAAAAAAAAACCCUAAUUUGUUGCAAAGAGCACACUGUUUGAUUUCUAUCGAAGGCAAGAGGAGCAUAAAAAGGGGCAAAAGUAAUCGAAAUGCUUAUCUGAGGUUGCUAUUAUUGGAAUUCAAUGCGGUUUUAAGAUCACGAAGUGGGAUGAGCUUAAUUUGACCUCUAUAGGGUUUGUUGAUUGGUUAUAAUUGAUUGCUUUUGGCUGGAAUGUUUAUUUCUCAAGAGAAUCAAGGGUCUCGGUGCGGAUGAUGGUAUAUUAGAUUUUGAUUGCUGAUAUCCUGAAAUACUUUAGUCUGAAGAGUGGUGCAUUUGGUUGUGAUUGCGUGGAAGUGUAUUCUUGUUUAUGUCUGUCAUGUCGGACGCGAGUUCUGAAGUCGAGGAACGACUCUCGGUGGUGCAGCUGGAGGACUCAAGCGCAACAUCCUCAAAGAAACCGAGCAUGUCAUAUACGAGGGAGUUCCUUUUGUCAUUGAGUGAGUUGGAAGUUUGUAAAAAGCUACCCAGGGGUUUUGAUGAAUCACUUCUGAGUGAUUUUGAUGAUGCUUCCAAUGGCAUCCAUGACCGUCAGCGAUUCCCAGGAAGUUCAUUAUUGCAAGGUUUCAAGCGAACUGAGUAUGGAUCAUCCGUGCCAGCGAAAGGGGAUUCGGGUAAUUUUCCUAGAGGACCGAACAGGUGGGAUAGUCGUUCAAGUGUGCGAAACGAUACAGAUUCGGAUUCAGAGUCAGGAAGGCGUUAUGGAAGCCAGGCAAGGAGGUCAUGGCAGAGCCCCCCUGAACAUGAUGGUCUUCUUGGAAGUGGUUCAUUUCCAAGACCUACUGGAUAUGCAGCAGGUUCACCAGUUCCAAGGUUUCGUCCUCCUAAUGAGAACACCCAUCUUAACAGGAGUAACGAACCAUAUCAACCUCCUCGUCCAUAUAAGGCAGGACCUCAUACUCGGAGAGAAGCUAAUGACUCUUUUAAUGAUGAGACAUUUGGUUCAGCUGAUGAUACCAAUGAAGAUAGAGUUGAAGAAGAGAAAAAACGUAGAGUUGAGUUUGAACUCAUGAGGAAGGAGCAGCAGAAGACUCUUCAAGAGAAACAGAAAUCGAAUCAAGGCAAGACUGGGGACUCCUUUUCAGAGAAGGCAUUGCUUGACAAUACCAGUGCUGGUAAAACGUCCAGUGACUUGGAAAAAGUAUUGAAACAAACUCCACAAGAUGAUUCGAGCAAGCUUUCUGUUUCCUCACAAGUACCUCCAUCUAGACCACUUGUUCCCCCAGGUUUUGUAAGCAGUGUUGUUGAAAAGAGCUCCAUGGCCAAGUCUCUUGUGCAUGCUGAACCAAUGGAGAUAGGAAAAUUAGAACCAGAAGACGGUCAUCAAGAUGUGAAAAACAAAGCUCAAGGAAGAUAUUCUAAUGACCUUCACAGUCAGACGAGUAGCACAUCAGAUAUUAAGGCUGAGAAAGCGCCUGACGUACCUACACUUGUUCAAGGUGCUGAUCAUGCAAAGGCUCCAAGACUUCCUGAUGCUAGCGAGGUCCUUGCGAAUGGUGAAAUUAUGGGGCUCGAUUUUGAGGUCACUGGGCCUAAGUUACUGGGUGAACCUGCUCGUUCAACAUCCAUUUUAGACAAGCUAUUUGGCAAUGCUUCAACGGAAAGCGAUCCGUUGAUGGUCGGCAAUGGAAGCACAUCCAAAUUUGUGGAGGAUGCUGCUAAAACAGAUGAUAUUUGGAGCUCUAACACGUUGCAAUCCAAGUUUUCUCAUUGGUUUCCCGAAGAAGGAGAUCUGUCGUCUCAGAAGCCAAAUAAUUUGCUGUCACUAAUUGUUGGUGGUGAAAAAAGUGAAUCUAAUGUUCCGGACGUUUCAGCUACGGGAUCAAUUUUUACACCUGAGACUCUGCUGGGGUGCAAAACGUCUAAUACAUCAUCUUCUCCAGCUGAGAUAUCAGAGCAGUUCUCUAAUAAUUAUGUUGCAGAAGCAAAGCCUGCUGUGCUGACCUGUGAAGAUCUUGAACAGUCAAUUCUUUCAGAGAUUGGCGGAGAUAGUUCAAAUUCUCAGUUUUCUGGGAAUGAACAUCCUGCUUUAGGAAUGAAAGUUGGACCUGAUAUUAACAAUCAAGCGUCACAUCAUCUUCUUUCUUUGCUGCAGAAAGGAGUAGGAUCACAAGAUGCGGCAUCAUUUCCAGUUGUUGAAGAAAGAGUUCUUGUCAAUGAAAAUGAUGCUGAUGGACUAAACAGUCCAGGCAAGUCGUCAUUGACCCUUGAGUCACUUUUUGGGACAGCUUUCAUGAAAGAAUUGCACUCUGCCCAAAGAAGUGGAACUAGUUCUGCAAGAAAUGAUGUUCCAGAUGGGUUGCUCUUUCCUUCUGCAAUGAACGAAAAUGGAAUUAAUCAUUUUGCACCAGAUGAUAGAAUUUCCAAGAUGGAUAAAGUAGGGGAGUGGUUAGGGUUUAAUGAUGCUCUAAAGGAAAUGGAACACUCUAAGCAACCAGCUGAAGGUGGUUCCAAAUUUGGUUACUUUGAUGGGGGAAUUGAAGUUACACUUCCUGAAGAAGAUAGCUUAAUUAAUCUCAUUGAUCCUAUCAACGCCGAGAACUCCAUGCUGAUGCGCAAUUCAGGAUCAUUUAACUCAGACUUCCUGCCCCCUUCAUCACGUAUGCCAGUUGAUGUUUUUGAGAAACUAGCAGCACUAGGUGGGGCUCCUAAUGAUGAAAGAUACAUGGUUCGGGGCCAUGACCCACGUUUAUUGCAUGGUCCUCGUGAUAUGCCGAAGCCUGAACCCCCAUAUCAAAAUUUGUAUCCACAUACAUCUUCUCAACAGCUCCAUACCUCUCAAAUGAACCACAAUAGACCGUUGUUUCAUGGUUUAGACUCUCAUCCACAUUUGGAUCCACAGUUAAACUUCAUGCCUCCCGAGGCUAAUAUUCAUCGUGAUGCUCCAACACAUCAUCAGUUUCCUGCAAACAUGGGCCACCCCUCUUUCCAACAUCCCGGUGCUGGUCGAUCAGGGUUUGAUAAUCCCAUUCCUUCGGCUAUCUUGCAGCAGAUGCACAUGGCCGGCAAUCUUCCUCCGCCUCAAUUGGCUAGGGGAUUUUCCAGUGCUGCACCUAUGCCUCCUCAUCCCAGUCACAGUUCUGCUGGUUACAUUCAGGAGCCUAACCCAAUGCAAAAUUUCCCAUUUGGUCAACGGCAAUCACAUUUCGGUGGUCCUGGAAUGGGCGCAACAGGUCCGGAGCUUGGUGCUGCUAACAACCCCCCCGAGGCAUUUCAAAGACUCAUGGAGAUGGAACUUCGGGCAAAUCAAAAACCAAUGCCCCCUUUUGCAGCUGGAAGUCCUAGCCGAGGAAUGUACGGGCAUGAGCUUGACACGGGUUUUAGGUAUAGGUAGUGUAUUGUGAUUGUGGAUGUAUUCUGAAAGGAAAACAUAUGAUCAUCUUCAUCCCAGACGACUUUUGCAGGAUGGGUUGUAUGUGCUCACUGUAAACUGUUAAUAGUGUAGUGUUUUUUCCCUUUCUUGUUCCAACUUCCAAAGUCUAGCAUAGAGGUUAUUUUACGUGCUCUUUGUUUUCUA